AUGCCCUCACUGCCCACCGACCCCGAGGACGUUGACCCUGUCCCACACACCUAUCGCACGCCGAGCCCUACCAAUAGCGAUGAUGAGCUUCCUUACUCGCUCACUCAUCGUCGCAGACCGGGUCGUGCCCCCACCGCUUCUGGCAGUGCAUCGUCGGCAGGGCAGGGCGACAGCACUCAGCGCCCUGGGACUCCAUCUUUCACGCCUCGUGAGCCGUAUCGGCCAUCACGUGUCACGCGUGCGGACAUACAGAGAUGGAAGACUCAGCGAUGGAGACUCCGUUGCAGGCAGAGACAGUGGGCGUGCCUGGCUGUCAUUCUACUUGCGCUUUCGUUCUUGGUCUCCGGUCUUGUUGGUGGUCUGUGUGCUACGGGAAUCAUCUGCAAUAAGACGGAGAAAGGUGACAAACAUGAUGGCCUCCCUCGGAUGCAGGAGGAAAUUGCGAUCGGUUUGGCCACGCAUCUGGAAGAGCUUACCGAUCUCUCCCUGAUUCAGGCGGAUCUCCAUACCGUCCCUCUGGCAAUGUACACCGCCGCGAGCAGGCUGGACCUCAUCCAUCUCCAAGUCUGUCCUUGGCCCGACGAUACCCUUGGACCAAUCGAGGCCGAAAUCUACCCUUUCGACCAGAUCUCCUGUGACGCUCUCGAGGCCAUGAUCAAAGGCAUCGGCAGUGCGGAGAAAGAACUGGAGAGCUUCUCCCAGGUCAUCGCGGCCGAAUUCGAAACGGAUCUGGGCUUGUUGUCCGAUCUCAAGAAACAUGUCCAGCCCGUGCUGCCUCCUGUUACCGACCUGGGAACGAACAAGGCGACGACCUUUACCCAGGAGCAGAUCAACACCAUCAUGGCCAUUUCAAAUCUUAUCAAUAGUACUCUCCAGACUCGAGUUUCGACAUGGAGCAAGCUUGCUGUUGACAGCCAACAUGUGCAGGACAGCAUUCAGAGUCUGCAACAGCAAGGCAGGAGGACUCAGGUGCUCGUCCAGAGCCAAUACUAUCGCCUCGAUACCUUCUGCAGCGGCCGCUCGCGCAAAGGAAAUUGGAACGAAUGGCUGACCAGCUUCCUCCCGUAUUUCGGACGCGCAACCCGACGGAAACUCGCCUACUGCGCCGCGACGAGGAGGCAGUACGACAAAGUGAUCCACGCGGUCGACCUCACCACCCAGCAAAUCCAAAUCAACGACCGAGUCUUCGGGCUCGUACGCAAGAUCUUCAAGCAGGUCGGGUACUUCUGGACACAUAUGGACAUAGGCCGAGAUGCUGCCCAGAGGGAGAGGUUCAAGACGCGGGUACGGGAGGGCGAAGUGCUUGGACAUGCCGAGGCCCACUCGAUCGUGGUCUGGACGGAACAGGAAUUGAAUUACGGGUUCCGAAAGUCGAAGAGUAUUGCGGGUGAGCUGGUGAAGAGCAAGAAGGAAUUGCAAGGGGAGUUGAGGAGUUUGGGAGCGAAGAUGGAGGAUUUCGCCUUGUCGAUUGAGAAGGAUGGUAAUACAAGGUGA